UGAGAAUGACAGAUUGUUCUAUUUGCGUCAGUCCAAAUUAUCAGACUACUAACUACUACAACCUUCUUUUGACUUGGCACCUUGCGGCCACAUCUCACUGUCCCUUCUCACACUAUCUCAAUUAAUUUUCUUCUUCUCUCUCUUAGCUUUCCUUUUCGGUGUUCUCAGCCAUAUUUGGCAAUAACCUUAAGAGAUAGUAAUCAAUAUGCAAAACCCUAACGUCCCUCCGGGAGCUAUCCCGAUACCGAUGGGACCUGGUGGACAGAUGCCGACGCCUCAGCAGAUUGCCGCGAUGCAACAGCAACUGGCCGCUGAAGCACAGAAGCAUGGAAUGACUGUCCCCCAAUUCGUUGAGCACAUCAAAGCCCAACGCAUAGCGCAGAUUCAAGCAGCUCAGAGACAACAACAGCAGCAGCAAGGUGGCCAAGGACCGCAAGGAGGACCGCAAGGACCUCAAGGACCGCCGCGCUCUCCUCCGGGAGCCCAAGGUCAACCACAACCUAUUCGCCCCGGCCCUCCCAAUCCCGUCGCAAUUGCCCUUGCUACUUUCCUACGAAGCCAGCCUCUGAAGCAGCGUACCUGCAUCCUUAAUGGAGAGCGCAAGGACAUGUUUAGAGUCAAGAGAGCCCUUCGAGCUCUUCAGUCCCCUGCCUACGCAAAGGCACGUGCGAAGAACCCAGCGCUCCCCGAGAUCACCGAUCGCGCCUCACUUGAGAACACUUUUAAGUUGCUACCCUUGUCCAUGCUGGCCUUACGUGUUAGCAAGAUGGAUCCCCACCAGGGUCACAACCACCCUCCUAAGAAGGGCAAGCGAAUCAAGGGACUGUGGACGGUCAAGAUUGAGCAGCAGCAAGAUGCCGCUGACGACAUGUACUAUGUUUGGUUGUACGAGGGCAGUCAGAUUAUGCGCAAGGUUUAUGCUGCUCUCGCCUUGCUCCUCAUCUUCACCGUAGUUUUGUACCCUCUAUGGCCGCUCGUUUUGCGACAAGGCGUCUACUAUCUCAGCUGGGGAUUUUUGAUGCUUCUUGGACUCUUCUUCCUCAUGGCCAUUUUCCGCGUCAUCUUAUUCUGCAUUACCUACUUUGUCGUGCCCCCUGGACUGUGGCUAUACCCCAAUCUUUGGGAAGACGUCUCUUUCAUGGACAGUUUCCGUCCUGUUUGGGCUUGGCAUGAGACCACGAAGCCCAAGAAAAAGAAGAAGGCUUCCAAAGCAGCUGGCGUGGAGUCGGCCGCUCAGCUUGCAGCCUCAGGUCACCAGCCUCCGGCUACAGCUACUACCACUGCAACUGAAACCCAGAUCCAAACAGAACCACAGCAACGGGCAUAUGUAGCACCAAAGAUCGAGGAACUCGCUGAUGAUGAAUAGUUGCGGUUGCUGUAUCACAAUUCGCAGCAAUAGGCGUUCAGGGAGUUUAGCCAAGAAGGGAAUGUCUGUACAGUAGAACAAAAAUGCCUCUAAAUUUGAGCUGCGUAUAUACCGGAAUAGGAUGCAUUGGCCAA